AAAAAAAAAACACGACGGCCGCAAGUAUCGCUCCCUUCUCUCUCUCUCUCUCUAAAAAACCAAAUCCAACGUCUCCGUUUCUUCUCUCUUCAAACGCGUCUUCUUCUCUCGUUCUAUUUUUAACCCUUUUUCUUGAUUAGAUUGUUAUAUUCUUUUCUUCUCUUCGCCUCAUCUCAUCUUGAAAAUCGAAUCGAAUGAUGGAUUAUUAUUCAAGUUUCUGAGAAACAACAAAAAGGAACCUUUUUUCUCUUUCAAUCUUUCUUAGAUUUUUCAUCAGAUUAAUGUUGUUUACGUUUGUGAAUGCGUGUUUGAAUCCUGGAGUUGAAAACGACAAGAAGAAGAAGAUUGGGUCUAACAAUAUAGUUAUAAGCACUGAUUUGAUGAACGAUUUGAUAGCCGGUUCUUUUGGUUAGAGAGAUAUAAUAUAAGCUUUUGAUGGUGUCUACAACAUUCAGGAGAAUCGUGUCCCCUUGUUGGAGACCUUUUGGUAUUGGUGAAGGUUCUAUUCCCAGUAGUAGUAGUGAUAAUGAUACUAACGGCCGUCUCGACGGUCUAUUAUGGUACAAAGACUCCGGUAACCAUUUAACCGGAGAGUUUUCUAUGGCCGUGGUCCAAGCCAACAAUCUUCUCGAGGACCAUAGCCAGUUAGAGUCCGGUCCUAUUAGUUUCCACGAGUCUGGUCCCGAGGCGACCUUCGUCGGUGUCUACGACGGUCACGGAGGUCCCGAGGCGGCUCGGUUCGUGAACGAGAGGCUGUUUUACAACAUGAGGAGAUGCGUUUCCGACCAGCGAGGCGUGGUCUCUCCCGACGUGAUCACGAGAGCGUUCGUGGCCACGGAGGAGGAGUUUCUCGGUCUUGUUCAGGAGCGGUGGGAGACCAAACCGCAGAUAGCUUCCGUCGGUGCUUGCAGCCUCGUGGGUGUCGUAUGCAACGGGUUGCUGUACGUUGCCAACGCUGGCGAUUCUCGCGUCGUGUUGGGGAGGCUCGAGAGUCCGUUUAAAGAGAUGAGAGCUGUUCAGCUGUCUACGGAGCAUAACGCUAGUGUUGAGUCCGUGAGAGAGGAGCUGCGUCUGCUGCAUCCUAACGACCCGAACAUAGUGGUGUUGAAACAUAAAGUGUGGCGCGUGAAAGGGAUCAUACAGGUUUCGAGGUCUAUAGGUGACGCGUACUUGAAGAGAGCGGAGUUUAACCGGGAGCCGUUGCUGCCUAAGUUUAGAGUUGCGGAGCGGUUCGAGAAGCCGAUCAUGAGAGCUGAGCCGACGAUAACGGUUCAUAAGAUUCACCCUGAAGAUCAGUUUCUUAUAUUUGCUUCUGAUGGUUUGUGGGAGCAUCUGAGUAACCAAGAAGCAGUUGAUAUUGUUAAUUCUUGUCCACGCAAUGGUGUGGCUCGGAGGUUACUGAAAGCUGCAUUGCAAGCAGCAGCGAAGAAGAGAGAGAUGAGGUAUUCGGAUUUGGAGAAGAUAGAACGUGGGAUCAGGAGACACUUUCACGAUGAUAUCACUGUGAUUGUCGUUUUUCUCCAUUCUGCGAGUUUUGGGAUUCGAACUCCGGUCUCUGUUAGAGGUGGUGGUGUCCUCGCACUCUCAGGCAAUAAUGCCAUUUUAUGAUCUUGUUUUUUUUUUUAACUCAAUAAUAAACAAACAAACAAAAAAAAACUCAUUUUUUUUUUCAUUUUACAAAUGUUUUUUUUUUUGUCUUUUUGGUUUUGUUCAGAAUUUCAGAUUGUCUGAAUACUUUGUUUGAAUUAUUUUAUGGAACUCAAAUUGUAAAUUUUACUUUCUUUUUACCAAACUCUAUGGUAAAUAUUUUCAGUUA